AUGACGACCCCAACUUUGAUCAACCUGCCCCCGCCGCCGUCGGAUCCAGUGACUCCCUCGGAGAUGGGACCAGGAACUCCGAACUCCGGCACCACUUCGCUUUCGGCCUUGUCGACCACCGCCAUCAAGGACGGUCACCAAGGCCAGCCGCACCCCUACGGCCGUCAUGCGCAUCACUCUCCGUCCGCAUCCACCACCUCUACCAGCACGCUUGAAGCGGAACGGGCCGAUCGUAUUUCACGCCUGGCCGGUUUAGAACGAGUGGCCACGGCCCGCGCGGGUGGUACGUCGCAGCUCAGUGGCCCUGUGCCCACGCCUCACCACCCCGGUUUUUUCGAAAGCGGAUCGGGAAUCAAAGAGCGCAGUACAGUGGGCAGCGCCAGUGCCACGGGCAGUGUGGGCGCCCGUACGACGUGGGCCAGCGGCAGUGAUGCCUUCGACGCGGACAAGUUGAGUGAGUACCCGGAAGACGGCACCUCGAGUGUGGGCAACUUCAGCGAUGAGGGCGAUGCCAGUCUGGUCGCUUUCGGAGAGGGCGCCAGUACUAUCAGUGGGCCCAUCUCGAACCCCAUGCUGAAUCGGACCUCCUCAGGAGGCCGACCAGGAUCCUUCGGCAGCCCCGGGCUGGUGCGCGUCAAUCCCGUGGCUUCGCAGCACUCGGGCGGCGACACAGCAAUGCUGCUGGCCACAGCGUCCCCAACUGGAUCCGUUACCCCCGAGCCUACCCAGGAUGCUCGGAUGGUGGAUGGAAUGACCUACGAUUCGAAUGUGGUAGACACCACGGUGAGAACCCCUCGCCUGGCCACUCCGGCGGAAGAUGGCAACCCACAUCCGGAGAUCUAG